CAAAUGUUCCACGACACACUUCCUACGCUUUUCCACGUUUCCAUCUCACCAGAAACAUCCAGGUUUAUGAGRCCAACAUUAUGAGUAGUCACAUGGAGCGUGACGUAUUUAAAUCCCGCUCUGCUUGUAUGCAUAAAAACGCCUGAGAAGACCCACUGAUAUCAAACUUGAUUGAAUCCACAGACGAGCAAUUAAGGCUAGAGUAUAUAAUUGUACUUGGACUGGAAGUUGAAACUAACUGGACGCAGAUUGCUGAUCGACGGCAACACGAGUCAGGAAGAUUGCAUGGUUCAGUUAUCCUCUGCUCUAAAAGAAAACAUGAAUUCUUCAAAAAUUAUACGACCUAACGCCCAAAUCCUGAACAGAGAGUUCGGUGAGCGAUCUCAAGCUGUGGUCAUUAUAGAGACUUCCUCGUUGAUCUUCAUCAACUUGCUUGCCUUAUUAGGCAAUACUAUGGUUGUCAUAGCAUUUUUAUCAAAACCACGCCUUCGCAACAUCACUAAUACAUUCAUCAUUGCACUGUGCAUGUCAGAUAUCGUGAUGGCGCUGUUCCCUAUGCCAUUGUCCGUGGGCGCGCUUAUGGUUGGAGAGUGGCCAUUUAGUGGAAUAACAUGCACUAUACAGGGAUUCAUGGUGACKUUUUUAGCAUUUGUAUCYCUACAAAUCAUGGCUUUGACAGCUGUCAAUCGUUAUUACAAGAUAAAGAAACCUAUAAAAUGCAAUGCUGUUUUUAAAAUCCGGAAUACUGUACUCAUGAUAUUGGCGGCGUGCUUGUUUUCUUUAGGGGUGUCUAUAUCGUUUGUCUUCACAGCUAACGACUACGUCUUUGCRUUUCAUCCUGGUAAAAUCAUUUGCGUACCCAUCAGCCAUAGUAUGAUGUACUCAUUYAUUUACACAGCAGUGUCAAGCCUGUUUUUUGUUAUCUUGCCAGCUGCUGUCAUCGUUAUUUGUUAYUCUAAAGUYUUUAGAAAACUGAAGCAUCAUAAUCAGCGAGUCAACUACAGAAUUGGACAAGUGCAUGAARUGAAUCCUGUAUCUAUCAGUAUGCGUCGUGAAUCUCAAUUAAGUCGACUGGAAGUUCUAAUAUCGAGAACUCUAUUCGGGACAGUACUUGGUUUUUUCAUAUGCUGGAUUCCAUGCUUUGGAAUAGACAUUGCUGAUGUUAUGGUCCSAGACGCGUUAGAUCGAAGAGUUUAUCUCGUGUAUAUGUACUUAGCUUACACGUCGAGCGCUAUAAAUCCUMUCAUUUAUGGGAUGCUUAACCCUUCGUUCAGAAGAGAGUUCCUUAACGUCCUCUCUUGUAGAAAGAGAAAAGAAAUCCGGGCAUAGAAGCAUAGAAGCAGAGUUCARWGRGCAWGUAGAUUGGGAAGACACUGAUAAURUASAAMGAGUCUAGUCCAGAAGUACAGCAAAAUAGAARCAGAUCAAAAACACGGCACAUAAUAAAGCAGCCAUGUUGAAAAUGACGUCAUCUAAUAUGGCGGACAAAUUUAAAAUUGUACAUUUCAUUGCGCCGAGUUGUGAUUUUUCCCUUAAUGCACCGCGUGCAUUACAGAACAAGAAACGAGUGUGCAAAAAUGCAWUGAAUACAACAGCGAUCUGGCUCAAACGUAUACAAACAUAAUUGACAGUGUUCUCCUGGAAAAACUACGACUCCUUUCAUCAAAAUACACACAUUUGUCGAGUAAUUACAAUGUAACUUUAAUUUUUUAGUAUUAUUAUCCCGCGACCAGACACUUAAUCCAUGAAACAAUAGCACCUUGUCAGACGACAAAUCACUUUUGAUAAUCAAACCAAUGAUAGAAAUAAAAAAAUAUAAAGUACUCGUUGUG